AACGAUGAGGCCAAUUACUCUGCUCCUCAAUUUUCGCGUCUGUAUCGGUCUUGUGCACUUAUCCUUCUUGUUGCUUGUCGUGACCCAAGCUCGCGCUGCAUCAGUGCUACAAGACAUCCAAACUCUAGCGCAACGAAGAGCUUCCAUCAUCGUUUCGGGAGCUACCAACGCUGCUUCUAUAACAAGUUGGUUGUCAACUCUCGGUACAGACGGCAAAUGGCCUGAUUCAGAGAUCGACUAUACCACGGGUUGCUCUGCUCAGACAGGGAGUUGGCCUGCACAAGAACAUUGGGAGCGCAUAGUGACUUUGUCUAGUGCAUGGCAUGGAGGACUCAAGGGCGCGACACAAUUGGCCAAUGAUACCGACCUUCGCGAUUCCAUCUCUCUUGCCAUGGGCUUCUGGUUCGAGAACGACUUCACAGACCCCGCUUGCAUCGACUCAGGUGGCGACGCGAGCUGUCCCUGCGGAACGAGUGGAUUUUGGAACAAAAAUUGGUUUGCCAACAUCAUCGGGAUUCCCAGUUUCGUCGGUGAAUCCUGUCUCCUGUUGAACAAUACCCUACUACCCACGGAACUCAGCAACUGCACACACAUGACUUCGCGCGCCUACGCCACAUUCUCGACCGGCAUCAAUGGGGUCAGUUCAAUUACAGGAGCGAAUACAUUGGAUAUCGCAAGCAUCGGUGUCGACCUUGCCUUACUUACGACCAAUCAAUCAUUGUUGCAAGACGCUUUCGAUCGAGUUCAUAACGAGGUAGUCAUCGAGAACGCGACCUCCGCGGACGGCAUCCGUCCAGAUGGCUCUUUCGGCCAACACACGGGCAUGUUGUACAAUGGGAAUUAUGGGAAGGACUAUGCCAACGAUGUGUUCGACUUUGAGCUUGAGGCUGCCAAUACGGCCUUUCAAGCAACGGAUGCAUCGAGAUCCGCUUUCGAAACUCUUUGGGAGGGAAACGCUUGGAUGAUAUACCGAAAUACCCUUACGAAUGUGCUCCACUGGGACUUCAGCGUCUUGGGCCGCUUUAUCAGUUUCCCCGUCGCUGACAACCAGGCAACCGAAAAUCUCAAGACGAAUAUCACCCAAUUGCAAGUCCUUGCUCAAGAAUGGCAGUCAGAGUCGUUAACGAAAGCCUUCAAUCUUCUCUCUGAGAAUACUACGACCGCGAAUUCAGGGCCUCUCCUCGGUAAUCGCAUGUUCUUUGACAACGACUACAUGGUACAGCGAGGAUCAGGUUAUGCUGCCACACUAAAGAUGUACUCGAAACGCACCAGGAACACAGAGUGCACCAACGAUCAGAACCCGCUCGGUUUCCACCUUAGCGAUGGUACCCUCUACACCUACAUUUCCGGUGACGAAUAUGAAGAUAUCUUCGCUGCGUGGGACUGGAACCUUAUUCCGGGCACUACAGUCGAUUACGGCGCCACCGCACUCAACUGUACAGGCGCAGGGCAUGCAGGUACGCAGACCCUCGUGGGUGGCGCUUCAGAUGGGACCUUGGGAGUGGCAGCGAUGCGCUACGAGACACCGACCUCGAAAACAUUGAACUGGCGCAAGACGUGGUUCUUCCUCGACGACGAUGUGCAGCAUGUCAUGGUGGCACGUAUCAUCUCUACGACGGAUGCCCCUGUGUUCUCCGUUCUUGACCAACGCAGACAUACCGGCGACGUCCUUGUUGAUGGUGUCACACAACAACCGGGGAAUUUCAGCGGCGUACAAUCCUUGUGGCACGGUAACGUCGGCUAUACAUUUAACUCCUCAAACACCGCCGUAUCUCUUUCCGUCGAUUUUGGAGAGCGAACCGGAGACUGGUCGACCAUUGGGACAUCCUCACAGGGGGUGGAAACUGUCGAUCUCUUCUCAGCAUGGCUGUCCCACAGCGAUCUCACCGCGGACGUCGAGUAUACCAUCUAUCCCGCCACCACUCCUGAGACCUUCUCUACCAAAUCAUCCUCAUCGCAACUCCAGACUAUUCGUAACGACGGCUCCAUCUCCGCACUCCUCGAUGCUGCAAACAACGUAGCCAUGUUCGUAUUCUGGGAGACGGACGGGGGCAAGACGACAAUUCCAUCCGUAAAUGGAACAGCGCCCAUUACCGUCGAGUCUACGGGUAGCACUGCGGUCAUCGUAAGGAUGGACAGCUGGAACGUUACUAUUUCUGAACCCACACAAUUGUUGAGCAAUGCUACACUAACCUUCACGCUCGGAUCGGGUUCUUUACCUCCAGCAUGGACUGGCCCGAGCACGACUUCCGUCUCUUUCACACUUCCAUCCGGCGGAUUAGCCGGAGCCAGCAUAUCGUCUGUGCUCUUCCCUUGAUGAAUAAGUGCAGUGCAGAUUAAUGUCUGCAUCUCGAAGGAUCAUGCAUCGUGCCCUGUCGUUUCGCUCCCACAUUG